UGCCUGCUUCUUGCUUGCUGCCGCUGAUUCAGCCUUUCCCGAAGCGCAUGCAGCUGUUUCUCAAAUCUUCUCAACUCAACCAAUUUUAGUUACUCCGAAAUACUUAGGCGUAUCGAAUGCGAACCGAAGUAGUGGAAAAAUUGAAAAACCCGAAAAAAAAUCGAAAAAUCUAAAGUGUCCAAAAAAGAUAUUUAGUACUAAUCUUAGAUAAUUGCUAUUAAUUUUACAUAAUCAAUGAAAAAGGCAGUGCCCGGAAAAGUGUUCCCUACGUGAUGUUGUGUUGUGCUCAUGAUAUGUGCGCGGUUUCGGUCCGCGAAUGAUAAUCAAACGCAACUCCUAAGCUCCACUCGCUACUUGUACACAUACGAAUAAUGACUAAUGAAUUUAUUUUUAAGCGCAACUGCUACUAAAUUUAGUGAUGAAGGAAAAACGCGUAUCUUAACGAAAUCAUCCAUCACCUGGUAGUGUAGAUCGAGAGAAAGAUUAUCUGAGCACGCAUGCACGUACUUAAAUGCGUAUCCGAAAGAUACAGACAGACAGCCAGAUCCAUACGCACUAGUGAAAAUCCGAGAUACUCAGCCGAACCGUACUCGUAGGGAGGAGAGUGCAGUUGCAUUGCACUCUUCCACAUGCAUUUCCGUUCUGCAGCUAACAUAAAGACUGUCGUUCAUUUGCUAUGUUUAGAUAAUAUUUUCAUAUUGGAAAGACAUUUUUCUGUUGUAUUGAGGAUCGUACCGAUAAAUAUAAGUUUUAGUUAAAUAUAGUUGAACAAAAAACAAAAAAAAAAAUAUGGCAGAACCAGCUAGUCAAGGUGAUAGUGUUGUUGCACAAUCGCCCGAAGUUAAAAAUGCCCUAAAAACGACGCCUGAUACACAAAUUCCAGUUAUGACCCGGGAAAGGAGUUUCAUUCGAACAUCAAAUAAUCAGAACAACAUCAAACGACGGAGUUUGGCAUUGAAUCAACAAAUAUCAGCACAACAAUAUUCCAAUCCAAUAAGGGGAAAACCGGCAAUGGAGCUCUAUCGUCCUCCAAAAUUGAAUUAUAAUGUCCAUCACUCAACUAGCUCAUCAAUAUUAUUCCCAGCUCCGGGUAAUAUUUUACAAAAUUCGAAAUCUACAGCUAAUAUCCCGCAAAUGCAAGUCCUGGGCAGACAUGGCGUAGCUAUACCCAACAUGGGCGGCCACCGAGCGAUACUAGUCUCACAUCCAAUCCAUGUGAAUCAACUCGGGGUUGGUGUUACGAUACAAUCGUCCCAGCUACCGCUAGUCAACUCACCGUCAUCCGGAAAUAUACUGCAUCAAUCUUCACAUCGCGUCAAAUUCUCACAUGAAUUCCACAUGCCCCAGAAUUCGAAUUCGGUGAAUAACCAACAAAUCCUGCAGAAUCACAAUGGCCCCGGCAGCCCGAAUAGCAUACAACUUCCUAUACAGCGUUCUAAGUCACUCUCGUCAGCGGAUGUCCUUGCUCGAGGUAGUGCUGGAUUAGGAUUGGCGCUCGGCAAUGAUGCAACCGAUAUCGGCAAGUUCCCUCCGGACGUACAAGGACUAAUAGAUAAGGCAAUGAACAAUCCAAAUGAACUGAAUGCCAGGUGCCUGAUGGAACUUACACAUCAAAUCAUGCAAAGGGCUGUUGAGGGUAGACGAUAUGCUUUACCGAUGUCGAGACUGUGUAUAGCUAUAAUUGCAAAGGAAAUUAAGGAGACAUUUUUGGAGGCGUUGUUGAAUACAUGCCGCCAGUGGUAUCAAGAAAGGGAGAAGGUACUCUACUCAAUACAGGGAAUGAAAUCACCAUCAAGGACGCGAUUUACAUCUUUCAUGUCCUUUUUAACUGAAAUGUUUUGUCAACUCAAGCGUCGUCAACUACAAAUCCACAGUCAUAAUAAACGGGAAUCCCCCGCGCUCAUCCUACUGUCGCUGCUUUCAAAGUGUUGUGAAGAUUGUGUGAAACCACCAGUUCGUUCGUUAUCAGAGAUUGAAUGCCUAUUUUUCGUGUUGACAUGUAUUGGACGUGAUUUGGAAACCCACCUCCCCCAGCAACUGGAAGCCUUACUUUCGUCUGUGCGUGAUGCUUUUCUCAACUCUAGUGCACCCACUAUACGACGAACUCUCCUUCAACUCAUUGAACUACAGGCGUCGCGAUGGCAACUACCUGGUAAUACGGUUUUGUAUUACUAUCCAUCGACGAAAUAAUCUAAAAUUGUGAACAAUUUGUAUAAAUUUAUGUGUAAAUAAAAGUAACAUAUUCUAUAAUA